GAAUAGGCUUCAGCCGCUGGUGGGAAAUAUUCAGUGUCAGAGAGAGAAAUCACCGCGCCGUUGAACGCAGCCCUGAUUCUUUCUGAAGCCUGCAUUAAGUGAGAAACCAGUCGGGAAUGGCUUCAUCUCCGUGUGGGAGCAGCGGCAACUUUGACUGCGGACUCGAAAUUAAAACUCGGUCGGUGGAGCAAACCCUCAUCCCUCUGGUGUCUCAGAUAACCACCCUGAUUAAUCACAAGGAUAAGCUAAAGAAGACCGAGAGAACCUCACGGGCCAUCCAGAGGGUCGGCCAAGCGGUCAGCGCUGCUGUGAGCCGCUUUGUGGCUGUCGGAGAAGCCAUUGCACUGGAGAAUGAAGAAUUAAAGGAAGAAAUGGGUCAUGCUUGCUUUGAGGCCAGGCGAGCAGGCACAGCUAUAGCGCAGCUGACAGACGUAUGUAGCACUGAGCCGAGCGAGGCUGAUGGUCGCAGCACUGUGUUCAGUGACAGGAUGGGCAUGGUGAAAGCAGCUCGCAUGCUCCUCUCCUCUGUCACCAAAGUGCUGGUGCUCGCAGAUCGCAUCGUCAUCAAACAGAUCAUCAGUUCCCGCAACAAAGUACUGGUCACACUGGAACAGCUGGAGCGAGUCAGCACCUUUCAGGAGUUUGUGCAGAUCUUCAGUCAGUUUGGCAAUGAGAUGGUGGAAUUUGCACACCUCACAGGGGACAGGCAGAAUGAUCUGAAGGAUGAGAAGCAGAAGGCACGCAUGGCCGCAGCCCGUGCUGUCUUGGAGAAAUGCACCAUGAUGCUCCUCACUGCUUCUAAGACAUGUCUGAGGCACCCAGACUGUGAGUCUGCACGGAUCAACAAGAACGCCGUGUUCCAGCGCAUGCGUCUGGCUCUGGAGCAGGUUAUCGAGAUCGUGACAGAUGCAAGGAGCAGUGGAGAGGCCAAAGCACUGCCCAUUAGUAUCUAUGCUGGAAUUAAAGACCUUAAGAAUAAGGUGGAGGGAUUGAGGGAAUCUCUGUACUGUGUGCCGUGUGAUACUGUCGCAGCACAGUUGGAGGCUCUGGUAGAACAGACUGAAGACUUCACUGAUUCAGCGUACACUAGCCAUGAGCAGCGCAAGAGCAUCCUGCAGCUCUGUCACACGACACGGCAAGAAACCAAGCAGCUCAUCUCUGCCUGGAGUCAAGCACAGUCAUUCAAAGCCAAAGACGUGACGGAGGAAGUGGAGUUGGCUAUUCUGAAGACCUGUCAGAGUCUCAGUGAGCUCAGACGUGAGCUCCACAAGGUAGCAGUGGGGCGGGCCAGUGAGCUGCUGAAGCUGCACUCUGAUCACGCCGUGCUCCAGGCUCUGAAGGCCACAGGCUGUGAGGGAAACGUCGAGGCGGUAGCUGAUUACGCCCGCACACUCACUGAGCACAGGGAGCAGCUGGUGGAGACCUGCAGACUGCUGUGCCACAUCUCGGGGACGGAGCCUCUGGAGAUCACGUGCAUCCAUGCCGAGGAGACCUUCCAUGUCAUUGGUCCACAGAUCAUCUCAGCAGCUCAGACGCUGGCUCUGCACCCCAACAGUAAGAUCGCCAAAGAAAACCUGGACGUGUUCUGUGAGGCCUGGGAGUCGCAGCUGUGCGACAUGGCCAUCCUGCUGAAAGAGAUCAGCGAUGUGUUCGAAGGCCGCAGAGGAGAUAAAAGAACUUAUCUGUCGUUACCUCGGCCUGGGAAGCACUCGGCUAAUCUGAAGACUCCGAAGACAGCCAAGCUCGACACAGAGGGGCCAGUGUGUUGUGGUGGUCAGGAUCAGACCACCAUCACAAAGCUGGGACAGGAACUCCGGCUUCUUACCUCAGAUGUGGAUUCUGAGCUGGAACGCUGGGAGAAUCAGGAGCACGAGGUGGUCCGACAUUGUCAGAGCAUGUCCAGCAUGGCGUACUCCAUGUACCUCUUUACCAGGGGGGAAGGCCUGUUGAAGACCACUCUGGACCUUUUCCACCAAGCUGAGGUUCUAUCAGAGUUGGGUCUACAGCUAUGCUCCUUCCUGCAGUCCUUCUCCUUCCAGCUGGUGGAUGAGGAGAAGAUCCUCCUGAUGUCUGAGGCAGAGAAGCUGGCAGCUUUUUGUCAGCAGCUACAAAUAUGUGCCAAGACUCCUGUCCAGGGAAAGAGUGCUACGUUCCAGAAGGUCGACUCGACUAUACACAACACCAAAGGCGUGAUGACGGUGGUGGCGUCUCUCCUACCGCUGUGUAAUAAACUCAUCAGAAAGUGUAAAUCAGAGUGCAGCAGUCUGGAUUCCUCUCAGGCCUGGAGGGAGAGGCAGCACACUCCGGUUAAAGAAGAUGCACUGAAUGGCAAAAGCUCCAAUGGCUUCAGGGUCAAACCCCUGGAGCAGCACAUGGCCAAUCUCACCUUCUUAGAGAGCAAGUAGCUCAGAGCCCUUCUAUCCCAGAGCUAAUGAAACCUGGAGUAUUAUUACACACACACACACACACACACACACACACACGCUUUGCCACAUAUAUUUUGUGUUGUGCAGUGGCUCCUGGCGUAUGGAAGCAAUUU